CUCCCUGAGUGUUAAAAGGCCUUCCCAAGUUCGUUAAUGGUGGUUGCGGAUAUUGCUUCUCUCCCCCCCAACCAAAUGCAUUUGGUUUUCUAAUCAUUUCUCAGGCUCUCACCACUCCAAGUUUCUUGAUUUCCUCUGCUCCCAGCUUUCGAUCCUUCGUCUCCUGCUUUGUGACCAUAAUCGCUAAUCAGAAUCAGAUAACACGCCCAUCUCAGCAUCUUCUACUUCUGUGAAACGCCACUAGGUGGUUUGAAGCCUCCAAAGAGAGAAAAUAAAUGGUGGGUUCGGAGUCGGAGACUUUAUCCCAAAGCGAGGUGGAGUCGGGGUUACAGGAAGAUCAACAGCCCAAGAACCAUGGGAUGCCAUCUCUGGGAAGACAGUCCUCAAUCUACUCCCUCACCCUGGAUGAGUUUCAGCACACCCUCUGCGAGAAUGGGAAGAAUUUCGGGUCCAUGAAUAUGGAUGAGUUUCUCACUAGCAUAUGGACUGCAGAGGAAAACCAAGCCACCAAUUUUAACCACAUUAGCAACUCCCAGAUGUCGCUCAGUGAAACUUCCAUGGAGAAACCCAUUGCUAAGCAGCCGACCUUGGCCCGCCAGGGCUCUCUAAGUCUUCCUGCACCGUUUUGUCAAAAGACUGUGGAUGAGGUCUGGUCUGAAAUCCAUAAAGCUCAGCAACAACAGCAGCAGGACAGCGUUCAUAAUGCUGAGUCUGCCCAUCGCCAACCUACUUUAGGAGAGAUGACUUUGGAGGAUUUCUUGAUCAGGGCAGGGGUAGUUCGGGAACAGCCUACAGCAACCGCUCCGGCGCAGCAUCAGCAGCAACAUCAGUACGGGUUGUACCAAAAUAACAACACCAUCAGUCCAACUUUUGCCAGACCUGUUAUGGGAAUGGGUGGUGGUGCCGGUGUUGGGAGUUUUCAAACUUUGCCCCAAAGCAGUGGGGCUGCCGGAGAGUCCUCUGGCUAUGCCGGGAAUGGUAAAAGAAACGGCGGCUACCCGAAGACUUCAGCUUGUUUUGGAGGUGGAGUGGGGAACGGUGGUGGUGUGUACGGGCCUGGGCAGACGUUGGCAAUGGAGUCGACCGUAAGUCCAGUGUCUUCCGAUGGGAUGUGCCCGAAUCAAAUCGACAACGCUGCAGGUCAGUUCGGUUUGGACGUGGGUAGCCUGAGAGGAAGGAAGAGGAUCAUAGAUGGCCCGGUGGAGAAGGUGGUGGAACGGAGACAACGAAGGAUGAUCAAGAAUAGAGAGUCUGCGGCGAGAUCUCGAGCUAGAAAACAGGCUUACACAGUUGAACUGGAAGCAGAAUUAAACCAGUUAAAGGAAGAGAACACCCUUCUUCAACAGGCUCUGGCAGAGGCAGACUUUGAGAGGAAAAGAAAGCAACAGUAUCUAGAAGAACUGAAAAUGAAAACUCAGACCAAGGCAGAAAAAGCUAAAGAAAAAAUGAAGAAGAUGAGGAAGACUUGGAGCUGCCCAUUGUGAAGCAAAGAAAGAACAGGGUAGUGAUAGCAUGGAUGGUUGAUGCAUGAUCUUCCAAGAUGUGAUCUUCGAUCACAGACCCUUUUGACUAGAAAAAGAAAUUCAUGAAUAAUUAGAUGGGUGGGAAGUGUUAAUCUUAUGUUUUUGUUUGUAGUACGUUGCACAUAGACACAUAGUGUAGUCAGAGACUUGUGUGUAUGCUCUUAUAGAUGUGUAUUCAAGCUAUUGUUCCAGUGUUUCGUGGGGACUCCAUUGCAGUUUGGGAAGUGUGAGAAAAUAAAAUGGAUGGAAAAAAAAAGGGAAAUAAUAUUAAUUUUAAA